CAGUUUUGGUCUUUUAUGAACCGCAUGUAGGAGCAGAGGGAGUCUUUACGUCUCUCAGCCUACUCAUAUCAAAAGCUCAAGCCUCAAUGCGCCUUGGAAGUCUAUAUUUGCCUGCGUCACAAACGCGCGCCUAGAAUAGUUGCAUAGAACGUCUAGUAUUUGUAAAAAACCAGCCAGCAUAAGGGCAUGUUAAUUACGGUAGAGGGAAAAGUUCGAAUCGAAUCUUCAUAACCUUUUGAUCGUGAAUCUGGACUUAUUGACACUAUCCGUGAGCCUUGGAAGACGGUGAUCUCGCUGACUCAAACACGUGAGUCAACAGCUCCAACUCCAACUCCAACUCCAGCACUCGCAAAGCUGCUUCAGUUGCUCUGAAUCACUUCCUACCUCAAGGGUGGCAACUGUGGACGAUGAGUCGGUUGAAAUCGCCAUAGAUGCGGUUUCUUCGUUCUCAGAGACAGCUUGCACGUCUCCGCCGCUUUUCGACUCCACGCGCUGCGGCCGAUUUCCCUGCUCGAGUCCAUCCCGCCAUCAGGCCUUCAGAGAGUCAUACAAUACGCUGCAACAGCCAAUUGACCUCAACACAAGCCAUUUUCCCGCUUCGACGUCUCCAUUCUCCUUACUGUUCCAUGCCAGGUAGGGAAUACGACGAAAUUCCUGCGGAAAGAGCGACAAAGAGGAGGCGUAUAUCCACUGCGACUGCCCCGCGCGAAAGCUCUCCAUCGACAAUGGAUCACGCAAAAAGUGCACAAACGCCGCAGGAAAUCCCUCAACCUUUACCGCAAAUCGAGCUUACGCCUAUAGAGAAUACGAUCAAGGCUCUUCUACUCGAUGUCGCAGAAUACGUUCGUCAGCGGGCCGCGGAGAAAGGUACCGAUAAUGCGGCGGCCGAGACUGAGAUGGUACUACGGUUUACUGGGGGUUGGGUGCGGGAUAAGCUCUUAGGGGUUGACAGUCAUGACAUUGAUGUGGGGAUUAGCAGCAUGACGGGAUAUCAGUUCGGUAUGGCCUUGAAGGAAUACCUCGACGUGCCAGAGAACUUGGAAAAGUACAAGAGGAGCCUUCCGGACGGCGAGUUGAGCGAUGCAAUCGUCAGUCUUCAUAAGAUCGAAGCAAAUCCGGAGAAGUCGAAGCAUCUGGAAACGGUGACAACAAAGAUUUUUGGGAUGGAUAUUGACCUGGUUAAUCUACGAAAAGAGACGUAUUCGGAAGACAGUCGCAACCCUCAAAUGGAAUUUGGAACUGCGGAAGAGGAUGCCAUGCGUCGGGAUGCUACCGUGAAUGCCCUCUUCUACAAUCUGAACCGUUCAAUAGUCGAGGAUUUCACUGGCAGGGGUAUCGAGGACAUGAAGUACCGCAUCAUUCGGACUCCUUUGGAGCCUUACCAAACAUUCAAGGAUGAUCCCCUGCGGGUUCUACGGUUGAUCCGAUUCGCAAGCCGAUUGGGAUACGUAAUCGAUAAGGAGACCGAAAUAGCCAUGCAAAACGAUGAUAUCAAGGAAGCUUUAAAGAUAAAAAUCAGCAAAGAGCGCGUCUUAGCUGAACUGGAUAAAAUGCUUCGAGGUCCUGAUCCCCGAGGUGCCCUAGAAUACAUCGAUCGGCUAGGACUAUAUAGCACGAUAUUUGCGAAUCACCGAGAUGAGGCGCAAGCUGACACGUCGUCAUGGUCCUUGGCCUACAAUGCUCUGGAGAGAUUUCUCAGCCCCUCACAUGAAAGCGCAGGAGAUAUCGGCCAGUCUGUGGAAAGAGUGCGGAACACCCUCGUCAGCGACAGAUCAGAGGCAUACUACUGCUGGAUCAUCGCUGCAUUUGCGCCCUGGGCUACCGUACCAGGGCGUGAGCCAAAAAACAACAAGGAGAAGCGCCCUCCUCCUCGAGUGACUGAAGUAGCCAGGGAUAGUCUACGGGCAGAUAAUAAGACUGCAAGCAUCUUAACUGAUGCCGCCAACAGCGCUGCUCAAAUCAUCGAAACCAAGGGAUCUCUACUAGCGGGAUUGAUACCCGGGACAGAAGCGGAGAUUCGACAACAAAUUGGCCUAAAGAUCCGCGAAUGGAAAAAGGACUGGAGGCUAUGCGUUGUCAUGUCUAUCCUUUUAGAGAUUAUGAAGGGCCGAAGCUUUGACGAAGUUAUCCGUGAGUACGACCAAUUCUUGUCGUACAUCAGCAGUAAAGAUCUUCUCGGGGCUUGUGAACUAAAGCCUAUUGUAAAUGGAGGAGAGAUCAUGGCGGGUUUGGGCGCUACCAAGGGACCUUGGAUGAGCAAGGCGCUGGAGAUGGUGAUAAAAUGGCAGCUUCUGCAUCCUGAAAUUUCUGACAAAGAGAAGGCCCUGGAGAUGCUCCAAGAAAGGAAGUCAGAGCUUGAUUUCAAGCCAGCCAGAUAGGCUUAUGGGGAGUUGUGGAGGAACUGGUUGACAGGCUCAGAAGUAAAAUCGGGUAAAUCGCCAGUAGUCCGUACUUAAAUAGUUGACGUCCUUGAUUGGACACCCAUCAAAAUCUCUCCGCAUCGCGGGACU